AUGAGCCCUGCCAAUCUGGGAGUGGAGAGGUACAUCGGGGCCUGUCUCAUAUCUCAACAGAACCAUCAUCGGCCCACCAAUAAGCCAAGACCAUCCCCGCCUCAGUCAAAAACCCAGGAAUUCCUCCAGGACGUUUACAGCCACCAUCAACGUCAUCCGUCCUUUCGACUGCAAAGAUGUCAAUCGCACCAGGAGGGUUGGGCCGGUGGAAUGCCUCUCAUAUCCUUCACAAACGCGGCCCGCCGGGCUAAAAGGGCAGACCACGACGAACUACACGGCGCUCCCCUCAUCCUAGCCAAGACGUUCAACUAUCGAAACAAAAAAGUGUACAAAAAUAACAAUGCUACGUUUCAGCAGCAAAGGCCACCGGGUACUAAAGUGUUCGAAAAUUCAAACAUCAAGAAACAGCAUCCUCCGAGGAAUAAUAACAGUGCCAGUGGUCCGAGUACGGACGCCGUGAGUGUGACUAGUGAUGAAAGUUCAGGAUCUAAUCAUUCAGAGACAUGCUUACCGCGAAUCAUCAAGCCUCGAAAGAGGCGAAAAAAGGAUAAGAAACCGGCCCCCUUGCUGAGCCGACCGCUUAGCCAGGACGGAUGUUUAUCCACCGAUAGCGCCAGUCCAGAUGUAGAUAAAGUUAAGACAGUUUUAUUUUUGCCGUUUUCUUUGGAUCCCUAUACUUCGUAUCGACUACCAGUUGAAGCUUCCCAAAAAAUCAUCGAUCGAUUGAUCCUAGGCGAUGUCGCAGAAACGCCGAAGUUACACCAUGACUUUGAAGACGUUCAAGAACCUGAUAUCAAUGGAAACCAAUCAACUGUCACCUGCCAGUGUCGAUAUUGUGAUCCUAGCGGUCAGAUUUGGGAUGUCGACCGGAAUUGUUAUUCCCCAUUUUUGACUCCUCCGAGCAACAAGUCUUUCCGGUUUCCUUCCAGCUCGUCCAUUUCCACCAGCUGUCUGGAACACAGUAUGUCCUCAGUAUCACUCGAAGAAGGAGAGGAAAAUACCGCUCCUCCGCAAAAGCCAAUAGGCACUCCUAGAGAUCUUGAAGUUUCCACCGAAAUAGUGACAUCGUUGAAUGGCCACAGAGACUUAGAGAUCAAGUUCUUUUCGUCAAAUAGUAAUGGUGUCAACGAAAAAAGCACUCUGAGUAAAACGUCUAAAAGUGUACAUAGUGUAGAGUUCUUAUUCGAGGAGUGA